AUGGCCCCAGAAAAGAAGGACCGGUCCAGCCCAGCACGGGCCUCCACGGAGCGGCAGCCCUGGCUGCGCAAGUCCUGCCAGACGGCCACGGGCGCAAGGGUCCGCAACAGCGGCUGGAACCUCGUGUGUUCGGGCUGCAAGCUGCACAAAGGGGUCGCGUUUGGCGAGGUCGUCGCGGGCGCCCCCAGCAAGCCAGCACCACGGGUCAACAGCCCGCCGCCGACCGCCGCCGGGCCCACGGGCGACGGCGCGCCCUGGCAGUAUAAGGCGAUGGAGGUCAAGAUCCGCCAACAGCUGCAGGCCAAGCACGACGGGGACCUCGAGCUGGCUCGACGCGAGCGCCGCCUCUGGCAGCGGCGGCGCCCCCAGCAGACAGAAGACGCCGUCGACCUCGCGCGCAUCAAGAAGCUGGCGGCUCUCAUCAAGGCGGGCGAGCACAUGGGCGACUCGGAGAAGGACAACGUGCAGCGCUGGAAGACGGAGCUCGAGGCGCUGCGCACCAAGCGCCAGGAGACGCUCCCCCUCGGCAAGCGCGACCACGCCUGCAACCGCGACGUCAAGCGCUUGGAGGGCCUCUCUGCUUCGAUAGGCAAAGACGUUGAGGCGACCAAGGCCGAGAUCGCGCACCUCGAGGUCAAGCUGGCCCUCCAGCAGGAGCAGCAGGCCAAGCAUGACAAGGACCUCGCGGCGGCCCGCGCGCUCCUCGCUGACCUCGGCAAGCAGCGAUUCCACGGCGGGAAGGAGUCGGAGGCCAUCCCCCCCCUCGAGGACUUCGUGGCGAAGCUCGAGGACCAUCCCUACGACGAGGGCCUCGACGGCGCCGACGCGCUCGAGAUCUGCCAACAGUCCCAGGAGGCCAGGGACCGCCUCCUCCAGAAGCCCCUUGGCCAUCAGGUCCCCGAGGACGACGAGAACGCCCGCAGCGCGGCCGAGCGCUGCGCCCAGGCUCACCAGCCCCCAGCUGGGACGACGCGGAGGCCCGUGGCCGCGAGGCAUUGGCUUGGCAGCCUGCAGGCGCGGCCGGCGGGCCCCCUGCCCCCGCUGCCCCCGCGGCCGCCAGUGGAGGCCAGCAUCAUGCCUAACACGGAUCAGGUGGACGUCACCGUCCUCUACAGCAACAUCACGGAGUGGGCCCCCCAGGCCAGGGGCUUCUUGCAGUCCGACCGCGCCAUGCGCUUCGACGGCAUCGCCUUCGUCGAGCUGCGCCGCGCGGAGAAACGCGCCAUGUCCAUCACCGGGGCAGUCCGCAAGGACGGCUGGAAGGCGACGCACUCCCCUGGGGUCUCCACGGGCAAAGGCGGCGUCACAGGAGGCGAGCUCGUGGCGGUGCGCGCGCACCUCCAGGCCACCACCUUCGACCAUUGGCGCGGCGCCAAGGGCGCUGCGCUCUGCGGCUUCGCCCCCGUGGUCCUGCGCGCGGCGGCGGGCAACAUCGUUGUGGUGGCGCUCUACCUGCGCCCUGCGCUCGGCUUCGGCAAGCGCAACAGGGGCACCCUCGUCGCGCUGGGGGCGCCCCUCGCGACGCAGAAGGCCCCGUGGAUCGUCCUGGGCGACUGGAACCACGAGCCGCGCCAGCUCGCCCAGUCGGGCUGGGUCGCCAAACUGGGCGGCGCGGUCGCCCUCCCCGACGUCGCCACCACGUGCGACAAAGGGCAGGGCCGCCUGCUGGACUACGGCCUCGCCAAGGACGGCCACCAGCAUUUGUUUUCGCUGAAGGAUGUCCUGAAGGCGCUGGACGCCCCGCGCAGCCUCCCGGCUACCAAGCGCGCCAAGGCGGCAGCGGACCCCAACAGCAGGAGGUCCAGGCAGAGCCAUGCCGCGCUCCAACGGCGGGCGGCGGCCCUGCCGGCAGGGCUCGGCGCCGACUUCGAGGAGGUGCAGCUGGGCCUCUGCCGCAGCAGCGCGGAGGGCACGCCAGCCAGUGCCCUGCCCAGCCCCCGCCAGCAUCCCGUGGGCCAUGGCGCCAGCCCACGGCCAGCCCCACCCCCUGCGGAUGGAGGCGGCCCCCUCCCUGCCGCCCAGGCCGACCUCGACCAGUUCCACGAUUGCUUGGCCUCGCCCCAGGUCGAAGGUCACGCGGAGGUUGCGGGUCUACGCAGCCCCCGCCACGCCGGCGCCGUCGCCCGCGCCAACUUCUCGGGCGUCUGGGACCCCUUCGACGACCUGGCCGAAGAGCAAUUCUUCGAGGCUGUCGAGGGGCACCCGCCAGCAGAACGGCGGGACGAGCCCUACGGGGCUGGCUUCUAUACUGCGAUGGGUUCUUCAGUUCAAUCACAGGUCAGCCCGUUUGGUAAAAGGAGCGCCGCCAUCGAGCGGCAGGCCCGGGAGGCCUCCGAGGCCGCCGGGCGCGCUGGGGCGGCCAGCGGGCGCGGGGCGCUCCCGCCCGAGCGCGGGUUGGCCGAGUCGGGCCGGGACUCGGCCAUUUCCCGCGCGGGCGACGCGGCCGAGGUCGCCCUGGGCCCCGCCAGGGCCGUCGAAGGGGGCGCCGACGCCGCCGCUAGGAGCGCCUCCGGAGCCGCCGGGCGCGCUGGGGCGGCCAGCUGGCGCGGGGCGCCCCCGCUCGAGCGCGGGCUGGCCGAGUUGGGCCGGGACUCGGCCAAUUCCCGCGCGGGCGGCGCGCCCCUCGGCGCGGCGCGGCAGGUUAACUCCGACCUGCUUUGCCACCCCUUCCUGGACAAGCGCGAGGACCAGGCCCACGCCCUUGCGGAGCUCCACGGCAGCUGGGUCGCCCAGGUCGAGGCCGCCAUCCUCCAGCACGAGGGCUGCGACAAGGCGAACUGGGCCGCCCGCCAGGGCAGGGCGCGCGGCUUCGGCGCCACCUGGAGGCAGAGGGCGGCUAGCCCAGGCAGGGCCCACCUCCGCCAUCCUGAGGCGGACGCCUGGGCCACCCACAGCGCCAACCUCACGGCCAUCCUCGCGCUGGCUGCCAGCGGCAAGGACCACCGACAGAUGCUGUGGCGCCUCGACUUGCACCGCAGCACCCUCGCGGACAUCGGCAAGCUCUCGGCCGCCAAGCGCGCGGACCAGCUGGCGGACUACCAGCGCAGGGCCACGGUGAUCCUCGACCUGCCCCGUCAGGAGCAGGCGGCCGCCAGGCAGCUCGCCCGCGAACUCGCUGGCGACGCCGCGCGGAGGGCCCUCCAGCACGGGCGUCAAGCCCUUGCGACCUGGGCGGCCAAGGCCACGCUGGGCCAGCUCCACCGCUGGACCAAGGACGGUGACUUGGAGCGGCUCGAAGACCCCACCGACGACGGCACCCUGGCGGACCCCGUCGAGGUCAUGCUGGCCAAGUCCACCACAUGGCAGUAG